GGUAUUGUAUAUAUAAUUCGUAUGGUCUAAUUUACUCACCAAACGGACCGUAGGUCCGCAGCCCUAGAUUUCUCCCUUCGCUUCCGGUUUUGCGUCGUUCCCUUUCUCUUUGUUACCGUUCUCUUCCCGGUAGCAUCCAGCCGGUGACAACCGCCAUUUGCUGCUGCUGACGCUUCCUCCUCCGCUAUCUCCGUUCCCAAGUUCGGUGCUUGGCUGCGACUACGACUUGUUUGGUUGGGAGACAUAGGAUUAGCGAGGACACAAGAAAGUGAUGGCUCUUCUUUCUGUCUCUGCAAUAUGGGACGAAAUUGACAUCUCUGAGAGCUAUCUUGUUUGUUGCAUGUUUGAGGAGGCAACAACCCUUGCUGCUUCAAUUCUUCAUCGUGUAUUAUGUACUCCCUUUGAAGAUGCAAUAGAUGAUGUUCAGUCAGAUGAAAUUUUGGUAUCAGCCAGUAUGGUUUUUAUCCAGUCAAUGAAACAAUUGAAAAGGACAGAAGAAAUAAUUGUUGAGCUUAGAACAUUGUUUGGCUCAGUUGCAGCUAUACCUGUUCAAGUGUUUCUGACAGGGGCGUGCAUGCAAAUUUCUGAAGGAUAUACAUCCAACCUUGGGUCAAUCUUUGAGGAAUUCCUCAGCAAAUGGAAGCUUGUGGAUGACAAAAUGUACAUUUUGACAGAUGCAGAACCUCAAUGUUCUGAUAAAGGAAGCCCAAAGCAGCUUGUAAUGAGUCCUGAAAAGUACUUGGCGGUUGCUGAAGUUUAUACCAUAACAGUUCUUGGGCGAGUCUUUCAUAAUCUUAACCUUGCAAUAUCCUGGACAGAGGAAGCAGAGUUGCCUGAAGAGAGCCGUCAGGUCUUGCAUAGGAGGUUACACUCUUUGCUAAGUGCUCAAAGGCUAGACCAUGCACACUCGUCUUCUGCCAAUGGAUCCAUGCAAAUUGGAAAUGAAACCUACCCUAAAGCAAGAAUACAAGAGCUGCAAUUCGACGAGAGCAAACCGAUAGCGAAUUCUUUAAAAACUGCUCAUCCAAGCAAGAAAAUCGCGGAUCAAAUAUUCUGGUGGUUUGAUACAGUCGGUAUCAAAGUUGGCAACAUUCAGCUGGUUCUUCCUCGUGGGAAAAAUUUGCUCUUUGGCUUCUUGAUCAUUCUAGCCUCCUACAUUCUCCGUCGCAGAACUACUACGCUGAAGCGAUUGGUCGCUAGACAAGCUUCAGUUGUUAAAGGGGCUCUGCUUGAUGCCUGGCGACUGGCGUUCUCUGUCCAAGUGAACCCGCUGGCUGCUAUCCAACAGCUUCCCUCUGCUCCGCAAUGAAACGCCCAGUGAUGUAUGUAGAAUAAUGCCCAGUGGAAUUGAGUUUAUGCUGUACUAUUAUGUAAACAAUAUUCUAAUUGUUUACACUUCAUAUAGCUGUUUCUGUAAUUCUCAAAAAUUAAUAUUUAUUUAUUUAUUUAUUAUUUUUUAAAAUAAUAAAAGAACA